AUGAGGAAGAGGGGGAAUGGACUACUGAGGAUCUUGCUUGAUGAUAUGGUGGGGACUGAGGUCUUUGCAACCCGAGAAGAUGUUUUGAAGUGGGCUCGAACGGUUGCCCAUGAAAAUGGUUUUGUUGCAGUAAUUAUGAGGAAGAAAGAAUUUGUUAGAAGAGACACAGGUACUAGAAAAUGUGGUUGUCCCUUUAAGAUUCGUGGAAAACCAGUGCAUGGAGGUGAAGGUUGGGCGGUGAAGCUAAUAUGUGGGAUUCACAACCAUGAAUUGGCGAAGACCUUAGUUGGACAUCCAUAUGCUGGGAGAUUGACAGAUGAUGAGAAGAAUAUCAUUGCUAAUAUGACAAAGUCGAAUGUGAAACCAAGAAACAUCCUGCUAACGUUGAAGGAGCACAACAGCAGCAACAGUACCUACAAAACAAAUAGGUACAGGCUCCCAUUGCUUGACAUUGUGGGGGUGACACCAACCGGGAUGACUUUCUCGGCUGGGUUUGCAUAUCUGGAGGGUGAGCGCGUGAACAAUCUUGUAUGGGCAUUGGAACGGUUUCGAGGCCUUUUUUUAAGAAACGACCGCCUUCCUGUUGUUAUUGUCACAGACAGAGACCUAGCCCUGAUGAAUGCUGUGAAAGUUGUGUUUCCGGAGUGUACGAAUUUGUUGUGCAAGUUUCACAUAGACAAGAAUGUGAAGGCAAAGUGUAAAUCGCUAAUUGGUCAGAAGAAUGCCUGGGACUAUGUAAUGGAUAACUGGGGUAACCUGGUAGAUUGUCCUUCGGAACAGGAGUUCCCUGAGCACCUUCAAAGGUUUCAAGUAGCGUGUUCCCCGUGA